UUUGUAGCUGGUUUUCAGGGAAAACUGGAUUUAAGGGUUAAGCAACUGUGGCUGUCACCUCCCAUUUAGAAGCCAUUUUAAACCAAGGAGGAACGGGGUUUGGAUACAGUCCAUAUCCUUCCGUAGGACAGCACCUUGAUCUGAGCCUGUAAGGUUAGCGUGGAAAACCAGAACUGUCUCUUCCAGAAUGGACCUUUUUAAAAGCCACAGUGGAGCUAAAGACAACCCAUUGAUGUUGUACGUGUUGAAUCAUUCUUUGCGAGAACACCCAGCUUUGACAAAGCUCCGACUGAAGACACUUGAAGAUCCCUAUAACUAUAUGAUGGUUGCAUGUGAGCAGGCUCAGCUGAUGGCCAACCUUGCAAAGCUGAUCAAGGCCAAAAAAGCCAUUGAGAUAGGUGUGUACACUGGAUACAAUGCACUUAGUCUGGCACUGGCUUUGCCCGAAGAUGGCCGGGUUGUGGCAUGUGAUGUAGAGGAAAAGUAUACUGACGUGGGCAAGCCCUUCUGGGAAGAGGCUGGAGUUCAGCACAAAAUCGAUCUCCGCAUACAGCCAGCCCUGAAAACACUCGAUGAUCUCCUAGCGGCUGGCGAAGCUGAAACCUUUGACUUUGCCUUUAUCGAUGCUGACAAAAUAAAUUAUGACAACUAUUACGAAAGAUCCCUUCAACUUGUGCGGAAAGGAGGGAUUAUAGCAAUUGAUAAUGUUCUGUGGAGUGGGAAGGUUAUCAACCCAGCUCAGGAUGACAUGAACACACAAGCGAUUGACAAGCUUAAUAAGAAGAUAUACAGAGAUACCCGAGUGAAUUUGAGCAUGCUGACUAUAGGAGAUGGAGUGACGCUGGCUUUUAAAAUAUAACCAGCAGAGUAAACACUCAAGACUAUAGCGAUCAGACUGCACAAAAUUUACCUUUAACAUCCUAUUGGGCCGAAACUAUAAAUUAAGUUUUUAACUUUAUGUCUAAGGAAUCAAGGAAUGUGUGUGUGUUUUUAUCUUCACAUAUUUCUCCCAUUACUAAUUAUUCUCAGGCAUUGUUGCAGCACUAUGUAAUGCAUACCUCGGACUCGGAUAAUAAUUCACCAGUCAACACCAAAUUAAAUGUUAUAAGUCAUA